AGAAGAGCAAGGGUUUCAAUAAGUAUGACUUGGGAAACAAAUGCACUCCAUCCCUUCCCUCAAUAAGUAUGAAUGGUGUAAAUGGCAAAUAUCAUCAAUCCCUUGACGGACUCGCUGAAAACCCAUUGCGCCGUACUUGGCGCGGUAAUGAGCAAGGAACUAUAGAAUUGAGUUCUGUUCCCAAGUUCGAUGAUCCAUACCAGGAGCGUCAAUGGAUCAAGGAGCACAUGGCAGCUGCGUUUCGUUACUGGGGAAAAUGCGGUUACGGUGAAGGUGUAUCCGGUCAUAUCACCGUCAGAGAUCCAGUCCUUCCUGAUCAUUAUUGGAUGAACCCAUUCGCAGAGCAUUUCUCAACGAUGACUAAAUCCAUGCUUGUCUUGGUCGGUCCAGACGGCUAUGUAUCCCCUCAUGGUGCCCAGUUACCUAUAAACUCCUCUGGCUUCUAUAUCCACUCUGCUAUUCACAAAGCACGCCCUGAUGUUAAGGCCGCUGCUCAUUGCCAUUCCAUUCAUGGAAAAACCUGGUCAGCUUUUGGGCGCCCAAUCGAUAUCCUUACCCAGGACUCGUGUUUAUUCUAUGAUAAUCUUGGGGUUUAUCAAAAUUUUGGUGGUGUAGUUCUGGCGGAUCAGGAAGGUAAGAACAUAGCAGAUGCUCUCGGACCCAAGUGGAAGGCGUGUAUUUUGCAAAAUCACGGAUUAUUGACGCUUGGUAACACCGUAGAUGAAGCAGUGUUUCUGUUCGGUGCUCUAGAUAGGCUAUGCCAAGUCCAACUUCUGGCGGAGUCUGCGGAAGCCAAUGGAAUCCGCAAGUCGGUUAUCUCUCAAGAGGACGCAGAAUUCACAGCCAAAACCAUACAGUGGUGGGAGAACGUCUAUGUCAACUUCCAGCCAGAAUAUAAGCUGUUGUUACAGGAGACCAACGGAGCAUUCUUGAAGUGACCCAGUUCAAAUUUUGGGAUACUGCUUACUUCGUUGCGUCGGACGCUGGAAACAGCCAUUUCCUUGUUAUUCGACUGCGCGUGUAUACGUAUGAAUGCGUUAUAAUAAUAGUACAAAUG